CAUCCUUACCAUCCUUACCAUCCUUACCAUCCUUCCCGUUGCUUCGUACUACCACCACGACUACCACGACUACACGACUCCACCAACUGCACCAUCCACCAACUGCACCACCGCAACACACGCACCACGCACCCCAUAACCCAUACCCAUACCAUCCAAACUCUCGUGUCUCUCUCUAUUGAUUGUGUGUGUGCGUGCCUGUGCCUGUCCUGUGCGCCUAUGCUUGGCUUCGCUGUCUCUCCUCUUCUCCGUUCCCUCCCACUUCCACUUCCACUUCUUCUACCUCCUCUUCUUCUCCACUGAUCUUCCUUUCCACCUCUCACUCGCCAUGGUCGCAAGUGCCAUGUCGCCUCUCCACAAUCGUUAACCUCCUCAUACAUUGCGGAGAGAGUGAGUAGAGACAGACACCAAAACGACAAGAGAGACAAGAGACAAAAGAAAGUCACCACACCCGCGCGCCAUCAUGGCCGACACCGACGAGGCCCCUUCAUUCCUUCAGGACGCCCUCGCAGAGACCGUUCAUCGCGAACACACCGAACAUAUCGACAAUCGCGGAAACAGACACACCCACGCACGUUUCCACCAACGGCGAGCCCACGUCCACGAUGCCGCCCACGUCCACGAUGCCGCCCACGUCCACGAGCGACAGGAUGCCGCUCAAGCAUCAACACCACCAAACAAAACCGUUACGGCAGUCGUCCAGACCGUGUCUGUAGUCCGCCAGGUCGCCGUCGACGGCGAGGGCAAUACAAUCUCCGAAUCUGUUGCGACAUACACGGCAAAUACUGGUAGUGUGAAUGGUGAUACUCGCGCGACUGCUGCUCCCGGUGCCCCUCCCCCAAACGGAGAUGCCACAGGUGAUAGCACGACUGCUGCUCCCGCAGUUCCUGUCCCCGUCCCGAGCGACACAGCCAGUGCCACAUCGCAGCCGACAGGACCUCCGUCUUCAGAUCUCCCCACGGAUGUCCCUACGAAUAUUCCCUCGUCUACAGAUACCCCUACGGAUAUUCCCUCGAGCACUGUUGAACCAGUCCCUCCGCCACCACCGAUUACCCCGUUCCCCGAGACAACUGCUACACCCUUACCAGCAGACGUACCGUCAUUUUCGUCGCUCACACCAGUGAACGGGACUGUCGCAGCAGGAAAGAGUGCACAUGGGGUUCCUGCAUUCGCAUCUUUACAUAACAAUACAGCAACUUCCCAUACCCUGUCAGGCCUGGCCGCGACCUCAGCUCACCACAAGAACGGAAACGGCGUAUACAUAUCUGUGUACACAAACGCCUAUGGCGAUCUGGUUACAACAACAUACCUAUCAUCAGCCGGUGCAACAGCAACCGCAACAGGGGUAGCAUACGGCGCACCAGGAUCUGGCACUGGCAGCGGCACUGGAACCGGCAGCUCCUCCGGCGACGAAGCCUUGGGCGCUUCGAACGGCGAUUCCAACGACCCUCCCCCGACCCCCGUAGUCGUCGGCUCAGUUGUCGGCAGUCUAGCAGGCGUGACCCUAAUCGCCUUCCUCGUCAUGCUCCUCCUCCGCUGGAAGCGACGCCAACAAGGCGGCGUCCAGCUCGGCAACGGCCGCGACCUCACCUCGCCCGACCCCUCCAGCGGCGCUGCCACAACAGGCCCUAUGUCCAUGGUCCGCCGCGCCUCGCUCUUCACCGUCCCCGCCGCACUCGCCGUCCUGACGGGCCAAAACCGCAAAUCACAAGCCACCCACUCCACGGCAGACAGCCACCGCAGCUUCGUCCGCGUCUCAGGGCGCAAGCUACCCUCUGUCCUUACCUCGGGGGGCAACGGCUACGAAGACCCCUUCUCGGACCGCCAGCAGGACCCCUUCGCCGAUCCGCAUUUGAGCGAUACCUCCUUCUACCGCGACUCGCGCGGCUUCUACGGCGGAACGGGAUACCCCGCGUCGCCUACCUCGGCUGGGCUACCGUCCUCGCCGCUGAAUGAUAGGGCGCCGAGGUCACCUGGGACGGGGUACCAGGCGCAUAUCUCGGCAGACUCGAGGACAGAGCCUCUCGUCAGUAUUAACGCAUCCCCGCCGCUGCCGAUGCCGGAUGCGCUGGGGCGGUCGCACCCGUCGAGGGAUGGGAGCCGCAACUCGAGGUUCACGGAGGAGGUGUAGAUUGCCGCUUGAGCUGGCCUGGUCACACUGCCUGCUGGGUGGGACUCUUUUUACAUUUUAUACCACGUUUUUUUACGUGCGGGAUUACACACCACAGCAGCGCUGGAGAAUAUAGCUGGGAAUGUACAGCGUACACGAGUUACACACACACCUUCGACAAAGAAACGAACACAAUAAAGCCCGUCUAUGAGACGUGGCUCACUCACUAUCUUUAAAAACAUCACACUCGGAGUUCAGGGAUCUUUACCUUUUUUUAGUUAAUCAUUUGGGCGUUUGCGAUACCAGCGGACGCUAUGUUCAUGUAUUGGGGAACUUUUUUUUACUUACUUCUUCUUCUUCGCCAUUUUUGCGGGGGGUUCAAAGAGAGAAGACGUUUUCUUGCUCGUCUGACAACUCCCCCCCUAACAACAACAACAAUAACUUUACUCACGCCCACUUCCCCGAAUGCAAACGGCACAAAAGCGACGCGCUAUGAUCAUGGUUUACCUUAUGUCCUCUUGGUCUGGCACCCUCGUUUGUUUUUGGUUUUUUUAGGCAAGAUUUUUCUUGCGAGGUUCGAAAAGGGGAGGGAUGUGGGAAGGGUGGGGUUUGAGGUGUAUGUGAUGGAUGUAUGGAUGGAAGUGUUGGUGGAUGGUGGGUGGGGGACUGGAUAUAAGAUGGGAUUGUAUGGGAUGGUGUUGGGA